AUGACAAAUGAGUCAAUCACUAAGAGAGAAGAUCCUGGGGCAUUCACAAUCACAUGCACAAUUGGAAUGCUCCAAUUCACUAAAGCUUUGUGCGAUUUAGGAGCAAUCAUUAACUUGAUGCCCUAUGCAAUAUACAAGCAACUUGGUUUGGGCGAACCAAAGGCAACCACAAUGAGACUCCUUAUGGCUGAUCAAUCAAUCAAGCACCCAGUGGGGAUACUCUAUGACACAUUGGUAAAAAUAGAUCGGUUCAUCUUUUUGACUGAUUUUGUGAUUCUAGAUUGUGAGAUCGAUGCUGAAAUCCCUAUUAUUUUGGGAAGGCCAUUUUUAGCUACCGGGAGAGCAUUGUUGGAUAUCGAUAGCAGGAAAUUGAAGUUCCAUGUGAACGAUAAUGAGGUGACCUUCAAUAUCUGUAAAUGCAUGAAGCAAUCAAGUAAUAUCCAUGUGGUGUCUACUAAGGAUGUUAUAGAUGAGGCAGUGGCAACUGUGAGCCAUUUAAUGCGCAAGAAUGAACCCCUUGAAUCUGUACUUGCCAAUUAUGAUGAAUUCGAAGUUCAAGUCUUUGAGGAAGUGGUAGCUGCCUUAUUAGGGUUAGGAGUAUAUUUAAGGAAUCUAAUCAAGUUGGAUAUCUACCUAAAAAAUAGAGAAAGUCCUCCUGCAAAGCCAUCAAUAGAAGAACCACCGAAUCUGGAGUUAAAAGCCCUACCCUCUCAUCUCAAAUAUGCCUCCUUAGGAGACAAUAAUACUUUACCAGUGAUUAUCGCAACCGAUUUGCUUGAAAGGCAUGUGAAAUUACUCAUUGAAGUACUGCGGAAGCAUAUAAAAGCUAUUAGAUGGACAAUAGCCGAUAUAGUAGGAAUUCCUCAUGGCAUCUGUACUCACAAGAUUCGGCUCGACAGUGAAUAUAGUAAGUGGGUAAGUCUAUUGCAAUGUGUACCAAAAAAAAGAGGUAUAACCGUAGUCCCAAAUGCAAAAGGAGAACUUGUGCCGACAAGACCAGUGACUGGGUGGAAACUAUACAUGGACUAUCAAAAGCUUAACUCAUGGACCGAGAAAGACCAUUUUCCAAUGCCUUUUAUGGACCAGAUGCUUGAUCGGUUAUCAGAAAGAGGGUGGUAUUGUCUUUUGGAUGGGUACUCUGGUUACAAUCAAAUCUCUAUUGCGCCAGAAGACCAAGAAAAACCACUUUCACUUGCCCUUAUGGAACAUUUGCAUUCAAAAGAAUGCCAUACAGACUAUUGCCCAGCGAAAUUUACGGUCACUGAACAAGAGUUGCUUGCAGUGGUCUAUGCAUUUGAAAAUUUCCGGGCAUACUUGCUAGGCACUAAAGUAAUAGUACACAUUGAUCAUUCUGCACUCCGCUACUUGAUGGCGAAGAAAGAUGUAAAACCAAGAUUGAUAAGGUGGGUGCUACUAUUACAAGAGUUCGAUUUUGAGGUAAAAGAUCAAAAAGGCUACGAAAAUUAA